GGAACACAGAGGGAGCUCUUCCUUAGGAACGGUCACCACAACACAAGACAAGAGCCUUGAGGAAUCCGCUGCCCACACUCAAGAAAACAUGCAUAGGACCAUGGAGAUGUUCUCAGUGAUCUUGGCAGUGAUAACGGUCUUUUCUCCAAGCUGCUUCUCAGAAGACAUCUCAGUGGAGCCUCCGGUCAGGGUGUCGGUGAAGGACCUGGGGUUGCUCGGCCAGCUGUCCAUUCACUGGUCACCGCCGCCGAGUCUCCAGAACGUGACUGGCUGCUCCAUCCGUUACCAGCUGGAGUACUUCAACACAUACAAGAACGAAUGGAGGGCCUACAGAACUCCCCGCACAUCGUUCAUAGCCCAGUUUGACCUGGGGCAGGACGUCCGCGUGAAGCUGCGCACCAUGCUGAGGGGGAAAUGCACCAAGGGGGUGGAGCGCAGCAGUGAGACCCUGGAGCGCACCUGGCCUCCUCACCUGACAGGUGUGGCGGGCAGCAAGGUGAGAAACAUCAGGUGUGUGUUCCACAGGAAGGAGGACCUCGAGUGCACCUGGGGGAAGGCAGCAGAGGAGCCGCACCAAGCCCAGCGUCACCUCUACUACUGGUACAAUGGCCUGGAGGCCGUGGCGGAGUGUCCCGAGUACAUCAGCUCCGGGUCGCAGGGUGGUCAGAACCACACGGGCUGCCGGUUCCCCAGGGACAAGGUGAAGGAGUUCACGGACUUCAACGUGUGUGUGAACGGAACCUCAGCACAGGGGCCACUCACACCAGCAUACGUCUCCCUGCAACUACAAAACCAUGUGAAGCCUGGGCCAGUGAAGGUGGAGGCCAUGUCCCUGCAGCUGAAACGGGUCCCGGAGGUCGGAGGGGAGGAGCUGGAGGGCGUAGGGGAGGAGCUGGAGCUGACGUGGCUUCCCCCCGCAGGUCGCAUCCCACCCCACUGCCUGGAGUACGAGGUCACGACCAGACACACCGACCACAACGGGAAGGAGUCCAAGACGGUGACUAAAACAGAGGAGACCUCGCUGGUGAUUCCGGCCAACAAGAAGAAGUGUGCUCGCGUGCGCUCCCAUGUCCAUGAGUACUGCUCCGAUAGCAGCAUCUGGAGCGAGUGGAGCCAGUGGACAUGCUACAAGAUGCCACCAGCCACAGUAGUCACACUGUAAAAAAAUAAAUGAAGAGCUCUUUUCCAAAACGCUAUAUCCACCAUUUUUGAUUUUUGCAUUUUAAUAUUGGAACUGACUGUUAAGAGGUCCUAUCAUCUAUGUGUGAAUUCUUGCCAUUCAAAUGUUUUGAGAGCAUACUUUAAAACCUCUUUAAAAAUGCAUGUUGCAAUGCAUUUCAAUGGAAUGCCCAAUACAAAGAUGUCCAUUUCCCAACAUUCUAUAAAAUGGAUAUAUCUGAUUUUGGAAAAGAGCUCUUCAAAUGAUGCUACUAGAUGCUACCAAAGAAUCGUCUAGUGGAGAAAGUUAAUUCAAACUCCGCCCACCCAAUGCAAAGGAGUGUGCUCAAGUUUGGUCUCCUUAGGGGGCGUUGUCCCCUCCUUCUUCUUCUCGUUUUGUGAUGUUUUAGGGGUGGCUUGCACAAGAUGUGCACCACCACAAUCUACAGAUAGGGUGGCCAGAUGUCCGUCUUUAGGACGGAUCGUCCGUCUUUUCAGUGCCUUGUCCUGCGUCCGGCACUAAGCAUUAAGCCGGACGCCUACUUGAUUAAAAUGCAUUAAAAUGUGUGAAAUUGUAUCUAAGAAACAUAGAUUUUUAUGGGGCAGGACCCCCAGACCCCCUGUCCAAAAAAUCCUCAUUUUUGCUGUCGGAGAUGGUCACCCUAUCUACAGCGCUCGGGGGACUCCAUUUAUUCUCAACCAUUAAGACUCCACAGGUCUCCUAAAGGGGCUUUCACCUGACAUCACAUGGAUCCAGGAAAAGUCUGAGCCUGAAGUAUCUUAAUCAACUAGACAAUUAUUUGAUGGGGGGCAAUCGCUAUUCCGACAUAGCGCUAUUC